CAAGCGAGACCAAGCCAGCCGCGUGUGCUUGCACUGUGGAAACAAAGAACAAAAAGAAGAAAAUGGCGAAUAUUACAUAGAUAUACCAUCAAACAUAUACGAAUAUUUGGUUCACGGUUUUAUAAACUCCAUGUUUAGUACACUGAAGCCGGUACUCAAGUGAUAUUUGGCUUACCCCAUAAUGCAACUGGCUAGCAUCGUGUUCCUAGGAUGUCUGUGGCAAGCCGUAGAAGGAGUUGAGGUGUACAGCGCAGGGCCUGACGGGAAGCCAAAAUGGCAGGAAGAUAAGAGUGGAUGGAGGGAUAAAUCAAUUGUGCCGAGACCAUCUAAGGAAUCUAUAGAAUCGUACACAAGAUCGCGUAUUCCUGUUCCAGCGCCUCAGCUUGUCAAGCAUAUCUAUGUAAAGAUGCCGCUGACCGACGGCUCAGACAAGAGAUCCGCGGUACCACAUAAAUCUUCCAAAAAGAACAUCAUAGAAAAAAUAUUUUUCACUCUGCCUAUCGGAGGACAAUUUCCAAUCUACUUCUCUUCGAGGGUACCACGCGGUAAAGGACACAAGAAGAGUCAAAUAUUAACUCCAGAACGUAGGUUUCCAAAAAGACCUUAUCUAUGGAGACGGCCAUUUUAUCGUCAGCCUUUUAAAUACGGAAGAGCAUGGCUCAGGCGACGAACCUACACACCUCAGCAACAAGUACCCUUACGAAGAGAUCAAAUAAUGAGCUCCAAUAGGAUGGCUGAGGGUUAUUCGCCAAACCCAUUAAGAUAUGCUCCAGUGUACGGACGAGUAGCGCGACCAUACUAUGGCUACAGGAACAUUAUCAGCAGAGGUCCUCUACAAUAUAAACCGUACAACAACAGACAACUAAGAAGUCUCAAAAGAUCUAUACGCACAAAGCAGAGAAAAAAAACUAAGAGUCCAGAUAACUCUCCAUCAAGAAAAGCAGUAAUUAUAAAAGCCCCUGACGCAUAUAGGUCUGGCUUACCUCAAGGUGAAAGUUUUGAAGACAUAAUGGGUAAACUGAGGCCGCGAAAGAAAUCUGAAGUUUUAGUAGCUUGAUUUGAAAUGCAAUGGCAUAUAAUGGCUUGUUAGGACAUGAAAAAGAAGGAAACAUGGGAUAAUUAGACAUCACAGAGGUCCUAAUUAUUCUUUUGAAAGUACACUGGUAAUUCUCUUGCAUGUAGUUUUUUACUUGUAGUAUUAUAUGAAAAUAUGAAUAACUCGCACAUUUGGAGAAUAGUUGUAGAUUUGUAUUAGUUAUAUGACGAAAGUAAUUUGUAAUAAAAUGUUUUGGUAAAGUUA